AACGACUUUUGGCUCUGUCCCGCUUCUAACCCGGCUUAAUUCCAUCGCCAAUCUAGCUAGCGUCCCAGCCAGAUCCUAGGAAUUCGGCAGUCGGCAGCUUGUUAGUUGUGAAGUUGCGAACCGAACAACAGCAUCAUGAUAGUCACCAGCAGACCGGUAUGCCAUACACAGUGUGGUUGCUAACGUUGGCACCUCAUUCGUUGCCAGCUACCGGUAGCAACCAAUACCAAACAGCACCAUGAACACCUCUGACCCUGCCCUGAGCUUGGAACAGACGAUUGCGCGUCAGGUGCUGUACGCCCAAGAACAAAAGUGUGGAGCCGGACGAACCGUUUUCGAAAUGGAGGGUCUGAAGCAUGCCUUGGGAGGAGUGGUUCUGGUCGACAAGAAGAAGAAGAAGAGCAAUGAUGAAGAUGGCAGCCUCGAAGACAAAAGACUGAACCGUCACCACAAGUUGGCGGCGGCGCUACAGGACUUGGGCGAUGCCAAAACGGCUUUGGAUGGUUCUUCUCAUCACUCCAGCCGCCUGCACGAACCCACAACUCACAAGAUGCGAGAAUCGUUUUCCCAGUUGUGCAGUGACAGUGCCAGCAGCCUGAUGGACGAGGGUAGUUUUCGAGACCAAAUCGCAGCCGGAGGAGAUCGAUCGGCGGCCGAGGAUUCGGUGGCACUUUUAGAAAAGUUAGCCAAAAACUACAAACCAGACGCCCAUUACUCUUUUGAUUUGCACAAUUUAUCGGCUGGGGAUAAUCUCAUUAUGAUUCCAAGCAGCGACGAAGACGGAGAUGAAUCGGCAGAGCUCGACAUUGACUUGGAUUAUCGCUCGGAUGGCGGCGACAUCAAAGAUGAUACGCAAAAGAGACAUACCCGACAAAAGAACCAGGAACGAAAGAGUACCAGCGUGAGGAAAAAGAAAUCCGAGACGAUAACACUCACCGAACGAAAGCCCAGAAGUUCCAGGACCAAACGUGGAGAAAGGGCACCCGAUAACCACAGUACGACUGCGUCCAGCCCAUUGCGCCGUGCAGUGACGACCGAUGGAACAGGCAGGAGGAACCGUCGUGAAACGGGAGAAUCGCCCAAUUUGCGUCGAGCACCCACUAACAACAGUAAGACUGCGUCCAGCCCCUUGCGUCGUGCAGUGACGACCGAUGAUACAGGCAGGAGGAACCAUCGUGAGACAGGAGAAUCGCCCACUGGGCGUCGAGUACUCGAUAACCACACUAAAACUGCGUCCAGCCCAGUGCGCCGUGCAGUGACGACUGAUGAAGCAGGCAGGAGGAACCAUCGUAAAACAGGAGAAUCCCCCAAUGUGCGUCGUGCAUCUGAAGCGGUAGCCUUUCGACGAUCUGGCACUACCACUGCCAGUGGAGGAAGAGGCCGUAGACGUGAUCGGGCUCGUGACGUUGCUGCGGCGCAGUUGAUGAACAUCGGAACUGUGUGCGAAGAAAAAGAGGCACAAGAAGCACAAGAAAGGGCCCAGGCAGAAGCCGCCGAAGAAGCUCUUCGCCGGGCACAAAUUGAGUCCCUCAAAAAAGCGGCUCUCGCCAGAGGACCGUCGGUGUCGACUGUAAUUGCGAACAAGAUUCGGAAUGACCCAGGUUUGUUGGAGAAGUUUCUUUUAGAAACGCAGGACGACGAAGAGAUCAGAGCGAACUUGACGCAGGGUCCACCGUCGGUCAUUAGUGGACACGACGACGGCCACGGUGGCGACAGACGACGUAGCCUCGGCGAACGUACCGCGGGAAAGCGGCGAGUGCGAGCAGCCGAUCGCGGUUCCAUCGCUAAGAGUACCAUUGAGCCAGGAACGUAUCGCAGUGUGCUUGGAAGUGCUGACAGCAACCACUAGGGUGCGGUACGACUAUAGAACAACGAGAAAGUCGAGACUCCUGUUCCUGAAUUACUGCUACGUUACGCGAUUCUCGGCUUUGGUUUCGUUGUUCUAUCUGCAGGCAAAGCUUAGAAUCCCACGAACUUCGUUUCACUUGGUUGGCUUCACCCUGUGAGCAAGUACCUUCAUCCAAGGACAGUCACUUCGGUGUGCGUGUUUCCGAGGAUCCAGCUUGCGGGUCCUGGGUCACAAAUACAGGUGUUUGCCCCCGACGGUGUUCCGUGUCCUCGUUUUUGUUUUGUUACCCUCUUGAGUUUCUUAUUAAACUUACAUAAAAAUCCUACAACAUAAAUUACGAGAUUCUCCGUCCU